AUGUCAAAUCAGAUUAUGAUACCAAGGGAAUCGAUCAAUCCUCGGCUGAUACUGCCUCUACCAAAAUGGAAAAUUCUUAAGAUACCCCUGAACAGAAAAAAAUCGAGAAAAAAACUUCAAGAUCAAGAGAUACUUCCAGAUGUGAAAGCAUCCUCAUAUCACAAAACUCCUCAAGAAAUGAAAUCUGAAAAUUCCUUAUAA